UUAAUGCGGCGCGCAUAUAAAGAGGCACGGCGAUUCGCACUCGGAGUACGCAGCGUGGAGGAUAUUAGGAUAGCAACUAGCAGCCACUAGCAGCCACUAGCAGUCACUAGCAGCCACUAGCAGCAACUAGCAGCCACUAGCAGCAACUAGCAGCAACUAGCAGCCACUAGCAGCAACUAGCAGUCACUAGCAGCCACUAGCAACUCAUCCGCGGCCACGAGCAGCUAAACCAGCAAGCUAUCCAGCAGCGACGAGAACCACGAGCAGCGAACAACCACCGGCGGAUAAACAGCCAUCGUGGCAGUAGCUAAACCAGUCGCCAACAAGCCGCCGCGAGUUUAACCAGUCGCCGGUCCCGCUACACGCGCUCGGCGCUUAGCAGGCUCUCGGCGGUCCUUGCUUGCAGGCAAGGGCGAGCAAACGGUCGCGCCUACCUGCCUCGCACCUACUACCUGGAACGUCGGGACGGCAGCGGGAAUGGAAGCCAGCAGUAACGGCGUCUCGUCCCCAGCGCACAGCCACAGGCGCUCCUCCAGCCAAUGCCUCCGCCGCUUCCCCAGCACCAGCAGCCUGGAGCGGGAGCCCGAGGCGCGGGUGCUUGUGAUCAACACGGGCGGGACCAUCGGCAUGAUGUACUGCGGCGACGUGCUGGCGCCCCGGGCGAACACGUUUGUGCAGGUGCUGCGCCGGCUGCCCAUGCUGCACGACGAGGCCUACGCCCAGCAGACUCACCUCUAUGACCACUACGGCUCCAGCGAGAACAUUCUCGUGCUGCCGCUAUCCAAGCACCACAAGCGAAUCGUUUACACGGUGCUGGAGUACAGCCCGCUGCUGGAUUCGUGCAACAUCACCACGGACGACUGGGCCGUCAUUGCCAAGGACAUCGAGAAACACUACAAGGCCUACGAUGGCUUCGUUGUUCUGCACGGCACCGACACGAUGGCAUACACAGCCUCAGCCCUCUCCUUCAUGUGCGAACAUCUGGGCAAGACCAUCAUCCUCACCGGCUCGCAGUCCUCUCCUUGCACGCAGGUGCCCAUAUUUGAAAUGCGGAGCGAUGGCAGAGACAACCUCCUGGGAGCGCUGCUCUUCGCAGGACACUUCGUCAUCCCAGAGGUUGGGCUGUACUUCCAUCACAAGCUGUACCGUGGCUGCCGUGUCACAAAGGUGGACGCGGGAAGUUUCAAGGCCUUCCAGUCGCCCAACAUGCCGCCGCUUGGUAACGCGCAGGUCGACAUGAAAGUCACCUGGGAGGAGGUGUGGAGAUCCAACACCACGCGCCCGUUCUGCGUGCACACCAACAUGAACCGUAAUGUGGGCCUCCUUCGGCUCUUCCCCGGCAUCACAGCCGCCACGGUGCGAGCCUUCCUGCAGCCGCCCAUGGAGGGCGUGGUACUGGAGUCGUACGGUACGGGCAACGCGCCCGACAACCGGCCUGACCUGCUCGGCGAGCUGCGCGGCGCGACAGCCCGCGGGGUCCUCGUCGUCAACUGCACGCAGUGCCUGCGGGGCUCUGUGUGCGAGACCUACGCCACCGGCAAGGUGCUGAAUGACAACGGCGUCAUUCCUGGAGGAGACAUGACCCCCGAGGCUGCCCUGGCCAAGCUCUCCUACAUCCUGGGGAAGGAGAAGCUGAGCUUGAAGAAGCGGCGUGAGAUGCUGUCGGAAAACCUACGUGGCGAGAUGACGGCCCUGCGCCAGGGUCCCACCAUCUCGCUGCGCGACAGCAAGUUCAUUCAGUUUGUGGCGCGGGCUCUGAGCGUCAGCAGCAAGGAGGAGCUGGAGGCUGUGCGUGAUGCCAUCGCACCCAUCCUGGCAUGUGCUGCAGCCAAGGCGGGAGACAUCCACACAAUGGAGGCCCUUCAUGAGCUGGGUAUGAACCUGAGCGACCAGGACUACGACGGGCGCACGGCGCUGCACGUGGCGGCGUGCGAGGGGAACCUGAUGCUCGUGGACCACCUGCUGGGCUACGGCGCCACCGUCUACGCCAAGGAUCGCUACGGCUGCACCCCGCUGCGCAACGCCGUCAUGUUCCGGCACCUGGACGUGAUCAAGCUCCUGCGUCAGACAGGGGCUCACCUCUCCCAGGAUGAGUACGAGGGUCUGGGCCCAGAGCUCUGCACAAUGGCAGUAAAUGGGGACGUGCAGGGCUUGAUGGCGUGGAAUUUGGCCGGGCUGAACCUGGCCACGCAGCUGGGCUACGACCAGCGCACGCCGCUGCAAGUGGCGAAGGAAGCCAAUCAAAAAGAAGUUGUACAUUUCUUGGAGGGUGCCUCUCAAAUGAAGGAACAGAACUUGGAGACUGGCCAAGUGAAAGAUCUGCCUCGUGUGGAAGCUCUCUCUCUGGAUGCGGCCUGCACGAACGGUAAUGACGUGGACGACGAAUGACGAGGGCAGCUCUCGGGUCCGUGCAAGCGUCUCAAGGCGCCGGGGGGCCGGGGGGCGAAGGAGACGGACGUGGACACGGUAUUCUCGUUGGCGCGCGUGCAACGAUUUGACGGAGGUUAAUUUUGCAACGUUAUCUUGUGAAUGGUUUCUGCGCGGUACCCACUGACGACAAUAGUCGAUUUGUUUACUACCGAGAUGUACGGAGACAUGACUUUGCACAAAAAAAAAUAUUGUAAUUGUUUCCAUUUGUCCUCGUAUCGUGCUUUUGAUUUGAGGCGUGCGAUGUUGUUUAACUUCCUUCGCACGCACGCGUGCGUUGAUAAACGUCUUGCGGUGUUCUGUGUUGGUGGCAGAGCCCAGAAAUGUCUGAGUUUCGCGUCCUUUGUAAAUGCGUGGUUUUUAGCGUUGUGAAACGACUUGUAUUUUAACCAAAAAAAAAAACGAUGUGUAAUUUGUGGUUGCUGCUUAAGUAGGUUUGUCAAGAGUGGGACGUAGUUGGGGGGGUGGAUAUCUUUGUGCAUAAGUUCGUGAUAAAGUCGAGCGACCAAGGUGGUGGUGAUGGAGUGCCCCAGGCACGCGGUAACGCUUUACUUAAACGUGCUACGGACAGCACACCCCCAACUGGCCAGAUACUACGUGGACCUUGCAUCCUCUCGGUGGCCACUCGUCAUUUGGUGGGGGGAGGGGAGUAAAAUCGAAAAACGAUGCGUUGUCUGUGCACGACGAACCCCCUGGCUACCGACUCCCUCCUGCGUGGGCUUGUGGCCCAGCUAAUAGAUGAAUUAGUGUAUCUUUAACACCCCCCCCUUCCCCCACUUGCGUUUUUUUAAACAAAGUUUUAUUUGUGGUUCAGUGUUCCAAUUUGUAUGCCUUAAAACUUGAUGUGACCGAGGGCAGGGCUGUGUGUCCAUCGGCAGAAUAAGUUCACAUCAACCAUAAUUAAUGUCGCUCUUGCAGUUUUCCUUGACAUUAGCUUAAAAGUGACACCAUAUAUAACCACAAGAAUGUAUUCGCUAUUGAUUAAUUGUGCGGGAAAACUUCCAUUUUAAAAUAGACGGUGUGAUUUCCUGAAUGUUAAUGAACAUUUUCCUCAGUAAAAUUAACGUUUGUGUAGAAUUUUUCUCUGUCCGUGUAUUUUGUGUACGUAUUUUUAAAAGCACGUGGUGUUUUAACGUUUUGCAUCGGUGUAGCAGUGCGUUCGCUCGCACAACUCCCCCCCCCCCCCCCCAAAAAAAAAUAAAAGAUUCCAGCGUUUCUUUGUUAAAAUGUUAAAAAAUAAACACUCCGUGUGACUGGGUACGUGGCCCAACUUGGCGACUCCCCCAUGCACUGCGCUCGAUUGCACGCUGCAUGCAACACGCACUGCAGUGGCCCAAAUUUGGUAAAUUAACAACUACGGGCAGUCCUCUGGUUACGAACCGAAUUCUUUCCAGAGACCUUGUUUGUAAAUCGAUCGGUUCGAGAGUCGGAGACGGUUAAUGCGCUGCAUUUAAAUGCCCCUUUCGGUCUGUAUUAUGAAAUGUGAUACGUUACAAUAAAAUGGUUUAACACCUAA